AAUCUGUUUUGAACUGUUUGUCGAUGAAGAAAUUUUCCCGCUUGUUGACUCUGAUAUGUUGAUUCAUUCCUUCUGUCACAUGUGUCUUGUAGGCCCUACUUCAUUUUAUAUACUGGGAUGUGCUACCUGACAUGGAAGAACUUACCGGUAUGAACUCAAAAUGGGCUUCAACCUUGAUGGCUCAGCAUCUGCUUGCAGCUGCUGAUCGGUAUGGUUUAGAUAGGCUUCGGUUGCUUUGUGAGGCUAAUCUAUGCGAGGAUGUUGCUAUAAAUACUGUUGCAAAUACGCUGGCAUUGGCAGAGCAGCAUCAUUGUUUCCAGCUGAAAUCUGUGUGUCUCAAAUUUGUUGCAUUGCCUGAAAAUCUUAGAGCUGUUAUGCAGACGGAUGGUUUUGAGUAUUUGAAGGAAAGCUGCCCUCAUGUCCUAACUGAACUUCUAGAGUACGUUGCCAGGAUAAGUGAACACUCCAUUGCCAUUGGCAAGCAUGGUAAUGAAGGUAUCAUGGAUGGUAGUGAUGUGAAUGGUCGACGUGUGAAGCAAAGACUAUAGGAGGAGUUGCUAUCGAGAGAGAGAAUAGCUUAGAUCCUUCUUUAGGGUUAUUAGAGAGACAUUUUUUGAGCUGCAGCUUCAAGUAUGAUGCUGAUGUAAAUUCAAUGGUUCUGUCUUAUGUAUUGUUCGAUUGUGAAGUAUAAUUUGUGUAUGGUUUUGUUUUGAGGGACAAACUUUAAACAAAUAUAUGAAUAUACAGCUCCCCGUCUCUAGUUUGUCCGAAAAUGACUAUGAACCCAUUGCUAUUCUGAUU